AUGCGGGUCCUCUCGCGGCCAGCGUCACUGCUGCUGCUCGUCCUCGCCCUCACCGCAUUCGUCGCCGCCUGGUCCAAGGAGGACCACGAAAUCUUUCGUCUGCGCGAUGAAGUCGUAGCCCACGAAGGCUCCAAUGUCACCUUCUACUCCUUCCUCGGCAUCCAUCCCUCGGCGUCACAAGACGACAUCAACAAGGCUUACCGAAAGCUGUCACGGACGCUGCAUCCGGACAAGGCUCGCAGCACCUGGCUGUCCAACUACAAUAAGCCAAAGAAAGUCACUCCCAAAGCCGGCGCCAAGCCGACGGUGCAUGUGCAAAAGAACAAGCAGCCCAGUCAGAGCGAGAUCAACAAGUUCACCAAGGAAGCCGAGAAGCGCUUUGAAGUAUUGGGUCUCGUGGUUGGAGUGCUGAGAAGUGAAGGUCGAGACAGGUACGACCACUUCCUGCGAAAUGGCUUCCCUACGUGGAGAGGAACUGGAUACUACUAUGAACGUUUCCGACCGGGCCUGGGCUCGGUGCUUCUCGGCCUGUUCAUCUUCGUUGGUGGAGGUGUGCAUUACGCUGCUCUUUACCUGAGUUGGAAGCGACAGCGUGAGUUCGUGGAGCGAUACAUCAAGCAUGCACGUCGAAUGGCAUGGGGUGAUGAAGGUGGCAUCGGUGCCAUUCCCGGUUUGGGAGGACCUACAAGCGGUACAUCAACCCCACAAACGGGAGACGAGCAAGAGAGCAUGCAGUGGAACCGCAAGCAGAAGAGAGCGAUGGAGAAGGAGAAGAAGAAAGAGGGCAAAGGUGGUGUGAAGAGCGCCAGGGCAGCAGAAAAGGCGAGAACGUCUGGAAUUUCUACCCCUCAGGAAGCUGAGGUCACCUCUGGACCUGUGGGAGCGAAGAAGAGGACCGUCGCAGAGAAUGGCAAGAUCUUAAUCGUGGACAGUGUUGGGAAUGUGUUCUUGGAAGAGGAGACUGAAGAGGGUGACAGGCAGGAAUUCUUGCUCGACCCCGAUGAGGUCCCAGCACCGACCAUCAACGAUACCUUCCUGGUCCGCUUCCCACUCCACCUAUACAACAGCUCCCUCGGCAAGUUGUUCAACAAGCAGACGCCAGAACACGUCGCCUGGGAAGCCAGCCAGGGUGAGGAACAGGAACAAGUGGAUGAGGCUGAAGCAUCCCUCCGUUCUGCGAUCCCACCAAACGCCAACGGCGAGAGCAGGAAGCGCAAGUCAAAAGCCAAGUCAUAG